AUGUCGGAACAUUGCUGUUAUCUAUGUGACAAGAAUGGAAACUUUGAGAAGCUCUUUCGCAGUUGCAAACAUGACUCUGCCUGUCAUCAUUGUCUUCGAGAAUUAUACGUCACAAAGGCAAGGGACGUUUCCUUGUAUCCCCUGCAAUGUUUUCAUCCCGAAUGCGACCUGGCAGUUCGAAAUACUCAGAUUGAGAGGCUCGUCAAGACCAAACAAGAAUUGCAGAAUUAUCACUAUCUGAAUGCAAGUGCCAAAAUGAACAAGAUACGACUCGGGGAAAACUGGCGCGAUUUGCUGGACAUUGUCGAAGCCUUGGGUGGCUGUGAAAUCUGUCGAUGUCCGAGCUGUAACAUGCUGGUCACGAAAAGUGAAGGAUGCGAUCACAUGAUAUGUGCUUGUGGUGGAGAAUUCAGUUGGGCGGAGGCCUAUCUUACCAUGGAAGAAAAUUUCAAUUAUGACCUCCCAACCACCAUGAUCCCCAAAAAAGGCGCUGCGCCUGAUUCUGCUAGGACCAAGAAAAAAUUGCCAGCUCUUGCCAUGGACGACGAUCUUGUGCGAGAUCAAGAAGAUGAAUCAAAUGGUAACUUUGACUCCUUGUCGCGUCCAGCUGCGGGCCCCACUCCUAGCGUCAACACGCCAUGGACAUCAGUUCCCCAUAAACCUCUUGUUGACGAUGCGGUGGAGACUGAACACGAGGAGACGGCCAGUGCAGAAUCUCGUGAUAUUACAAGCUGGGAACACCCUGAGAACGAUGAAGAAGAUACAUGUAUGUGUAACAGCAGCCAAUCGUCCUGGGAAGAAAUCUCUGAAGUUUCGUCUGUUGUCAGCUUUCAUUCCAAGACUGGCAUGUCCUUUUUGGAAGUUGCUCGCUUGGGUCUGAAUGCCUCCGCUGAUACAAUGUUCCAUGAGAAAGAAGCAAAGGAAAAUCCGCCAUUGACGCAUCAAGCGAUAAGCCGCCAACCUCAAACGAAGUCGACUCCUCCUCCUGGGUUAGAAUCGUCAUCAUUAUUGGACUCGGUCGAUGAGAUGAGCGAAAUAUUCGAUUCCAAUUUCAUAUUGGAUGGCACAAAAGGCAUACGCGGAGGCAAGGAGAAAUUCAUGUUCAACCGUCAGCCAAAGAAAAAGUACCGCCAAUGGCGAUCCAAGAACCAAGUUGACAUGAUGCUGUCUUGUGGAAAGGAGGUACCACAAAAUAAUAUGAUCACUGAUCGCCAAGGAAACCCUGUUACACAAAAGAGUUUUCAAUAA